GAGCGAAACGGUCGCGCACUCGCCGGCGUGCGUUCUGAAUUCAAAAUCUGAAGUGACGUUGUGUGUUGUGAUACCGGUUUUUGGAUUUGUAAGCUGCCAGUUAUAUCAACCAGUAAACUAUGUUAUAGCCGCUUUUAGUGAACGACAGUGUAGUGAGCUUCCGUUAGUUUAUUAGUGUACUCGAGUGCAAAUAAUAUGGGGUGCAAUACCAGUGCGGACGCGAAGGCGGCUAAAGAGGAGACCGGGCAAAAUGGAGCUCAGGGGAAAGAGAGUUCUGAAAAAAAUAAUCAGAAUCACACGAAUGCUGCGCCGGCGAAGGGUAAAGACGACAAGAGCCCCACCGAAGAGGAAGCAGCGACCAAGAUCCAAGCAGCGUUCCGCGGACACCAGACCAGGAAAUCCAUCAGCAUGAAGACCAGCAAGCCCCAGCAGCCGCAGCAGCAGCAGCAAGAGCCGGAGCCCACCCGCGCCGAGCUGGAGGCGGAGUUUCGUGCUGAUGACAAAGACCUGUGCAGCGCCGCCACGAAGAUCCAGGCAUCGUUCCGUGGCCACCAGGCGCGCAAAGUCACCCAGGCGGAGAAGGACAAAGAACUACAGGAUUUGCAAGAUAAGGAAGACAUAGAAAAGAUCGACCUCACCGAUCCUAACCUGAACAAGGCAGCCACCAAAAUACAGGCCUCGUUCCGCGGCCACAAAGUCCGCAAGGACGUCCCCAACUAAGGUGACCAUGAGUCUCUGGCUUCAAGUCUCGGCUUUACUUUCUCCUGAACCACUGCGUCUUCAAAACUCUCUUCGACGAGCUUUUGUGUAGCUUUAACGUCCUGUUGUAGAUGAAUUUCAGAUUUCUGAAGGUCAAUUUCAGAUUUCUGGUUAUUAUGGUUACGUAUUCUAUCUUAGUUAUUAUUUAACUCGCUUUAAGGAUUUUUAUAAAUAUAAUAGUGCAUUCACUGAAUCAUAUUACAGACUACGAAGAAUACUCGAAAGGGGGUUUCGAAUUAAGGAAAAUGGCGAAAGAGUAACUUAGUUUAUAAAUUUUACGGUUUUUGCUGUUUUUAUUGAGCUUAAAUUCUAAAAUGACAUUAACUACAUUACAGCAGCAUUAUUUCAAUUAUAUAUUCUUUAUAUUUCGAGUAUUUUAAUCUCAUGUAUGAUUUCAGGAAUUGACCUUCAGUUUCAGUGGGAUAUUUACUGAUAAAUAAAUAUUUGGGGACAAUCAUACAUAAAUCGACCUAUUUAGCCCCAAACUAAGUAUUUGUACUGUGUAUGGGUGAUGUUAAAAGAAAGCUUGUAGAACGAGGGAUUUUGAUUAUUUUUUUGUUAUUUGGGUGGUUGGAGUCAGAGAGCCGUUUACUAGUUAUAUAAUGAGUAAUUGUGAACGAUAUGUCAAUUCGUUACUCAUAUGUAUCACUAUGUCAAUUUUUACCCUUAUACUAUCUUCUAUUGACAUUGAGUUGACGUGUCUCAUAAAUACCAAAGAGUAGAAAUAAAUCGGAAUGAAUUGAACUAUUUAUAAUAAAUUAUGUAAUAGGACCUCUAACUGUCCCGUCUUUUCUUACUAAACUUUUGGUAACACUACUUCGCGAAACGAUAUUGAAUUUCAUGCAUUUUGCUUUCUUUUGUAACAUUCCAGUUCUUUCAAUGUUUGUUGAAGAUGUAAGAUUUUAUUUUAGAAUAAUGUAGAGUAAGAUAUUUAAAUAGUUUUAGCGUGAGACAAACUGCUUUUUUUGUUAAGAAUAUUAACACUUUUUAAGAUAUUUGGUUUAAAGAUUUGUUACUCCAUUUUCAAUUCUUAUUGUUAUAUGUUUUAUCUGUUUCUCAUCGUAUUUCUAUACCGCUGAUUGUUCCUGUAAAUUGCUGGAAAAUAUUAGGAUUUUUGUUAAAUAAAAUAUUUAAUAUUCGCCUAUGAUAAUA